AGUUGAGCAGACGGAGUCUCUGAAAGUUUCAAAAAGAAGGCUGGAGCGGAUUACUGGGACACAGGAGCCCAGUGAAACUAUAUCCGAAUCCGGUCCGGCCAUCGCACUCUUACCACAACAAACACAAAGCAAUGGAGAUGAAGGAGCCUGUCAGCGUUUCUACGCAGAACUCCAAAAACACUGCACGGCCGACGCUCCAGUGCUCUGGGGCGCCGUUUCCCGGCGGGAGCGGCGUGGGCUCCUCGAAGGUUCUCCUGGCAUACAAGAGCGCCACGCAGCAUCUUACUGCGCCGGGACUGAAGGUAUCCAACAUAUCCAAGGCCGGCAUGGGGAUCCUUAAGCUGGCCACAUCGCAGUGGAAGCACCAGGAGAAGAAAGCGAGAUCCCGCUCGUCCAGCGUAGGCAACAGGUGCACGACGUCCUCCACCGAGCGCAGCCCAUGCAAGCGAUCUGCGCUGGAUCAGCUGGCGGCGCUGGUGCUCAACGGGCAAUCUCGACUGCAGCAGCUGGCGCAGGAGCAGCCACGCCAGGAUGCGUCCGGCUCCACCAAGCCGCAAAACUCCUGGCGCAUCGUGGUGCUGGGAGCGCCACGCGUCGGCAAGACCUCCAUCCUGCGGCGGUUCCUCCGCGACGGCUUCGAUGAGCAGUACGAGCCCACAUCCGAAGACUUCCAUCGGAAACUGUACGACAUCCGAGGGGAGACGUACCAGAUCGAUAUCCUUGAUGCCUCUGGAGAGAGGAGCUUCCCCGCAAAACGCAGACUCUCCAUCUUAACCGGCAACAUCUUCCUGCUUGUGUUCAGCCUGGACGAUCGCAAGUCCUUCGAGGAGGUGCGCGCGCUGCGCACCGAAAUCUUGGCGGCCAAAACCGCUCUGCUCAAAUCCAAAGAGCGCGCACGAGUCCCCACCGUGAUAUGCGCCAACAAAGCGGACCUUCCCGAAAACGAGUGGGCCGUGUCCCGGGACGAGAUCAUGGAAGUGUUCGGGGACGGCUGUGCGUUCUUCGAGACCUCCGCCAAAGACAACGUGAACCUGGAGCAAGUGUUCGAGGCGCUGGCCCGACGCGGAGGACUGCCGCUGGAGACUGGACCCUCGCAGCAUCGCAAAGUGUCCAUACGCUCUUACCAAGCGCUGCGAGCGGGCCGGCAGCCCGGUCGAGGAGCCAAUAAGUCUACCGGGUUCGAGAUGCCGUGCGGGGCCCUCUACCCUCUCGCGCGCAGACCGAGCUUCAGCACCGACCUCCGGCUGGUCCUCGGGCCGCACGCAUCAUCGGGGAAACCGAGCAAACCACUUGAGAGAUGCCAAAUUCAAUGAGACUGAAGAAAAUCGACAGAGACGACGGUUGGAAGAUGGCGAGAGAAAGACAGACAGACAGAGCUAGAGAGAGUUACUUGGACAUCAUAGAACUAGUUAUUCAGUGUUUUAUGGUGAAGUAUCUGAAACAGGAGUAGACUAGCGCAUUGUAGAUCCGUAUGACUUGCUCCUACAGUCACUGCUGUUUUAAACCACGUGUGUGCAUGUGGUUUUACCUUUUCUUGCCUGACACAGAUGUUUACUUGUCAAUCAGUUUGGUAUUCAGACACAGGACACUUUGGAUUCAGAUGUUUGUGGAUCUGGCGUUUUUGUAAAUGUAAAUUACACCGAAUUAUUGAGAUUUUAAAUAAACAAU